AUGGGUAAUUUUCCAUCCUUUAUCCACCCAUAUAUACACACAGUUCAGAAUGUUGAGGAUAAUGGUAACUAUGGCUAUAGAGCCAUUGCUGCAUUACUGGGACUAACAUCAGGUGAGGAAAGUUGGUCAUGGGUUAGGGCAGCGUUGAGAGAAGAACUUGAACGACACAGAGGGUUGUAUGAUGAAAUGUGGUCCAGACAUGUGGUUAAUGCCUUACAUUCCCGACUCACUCUUCCUCCUGGUCAUCCGGCUACCGAGGAUAAAUGGAUGCAACUGCCAGAGAUGGGAUACCUUGUAGCAACCAGGUUCCAAGUGGUUUUCAUAUCCAUCUCCUCCAAGGGUUGUUGGUCAUACCUUCCACUAAGAGGAGAAGGUCCACCGGAUGUACAUCAUGUUAUAGUUGUUGGUCAUGUGAUAAAUCACUUUGUACAGCUCCAUCUAACUCCUGGACAUUCUAUGCCGCCAAUUGCUCUCCAGUGGGAACGGUAUGUUGAUCCUACAUCAGUAAGCUGGUGCGUCCCAUAUGAUGCACGUUUACGCAGAAUUCCUUAG